AUGGCCACCUCCGCCACCUCCUCCGAGCAUUUUGAGAAGCUGCACGAGAUCUUCCGAGGCCUCCUUGAAGACCUCCAAGGAGUGCCGGAGCGGCUGCUGGGGACCGCAGGGACAGAAGAGAAGAAGAAGCUGGUCAGAGAUUUUGAUGAAAAGCAACAGGAAGCAAAUGAAACGUUGGCAGAGAUGGAGGAAGAGCUACGAUAUGCACCCCUGACUUUCUGUCACCCCAUGAUGUCUAAGCUACGAAACUACAGGAAGGACCUUGCUAAACUCCACCCUGAGGUGAGAAGUACACCUUUGACAGCCACACCUGGAGGCCGAGGAGACCUGAAGUAUGGCACAUAUGCCUUGGAGAAUGAACAUUUCAAUCGACUACAGUCUCAAAGAGCAUUAUUCCUACAAGGCACUGAAAGCCUGAACCGGGCUACCCAAAGCAUUGAGUGUUCUCAUCGGAUUGCCACAGAAACUGACCAAAUUGGUUCGGAAAUCAUAGAAGAGUUGGGGGAGCAACGAGACCAGUUGGAACGUACCAAGAGCAGACUGGUAAACACAAAUGAAAACUUGAGUAAAAGCCAGAAGAUUCUUCACUCAAUGUCCAGGAAAGUGAUAACCAACAAGUUGCUGCUCUCCGUCAUCAUCUUGCUGGAGCUAGCCAUACUGGUCAGUCUGGUGUAUUACAAAUUAUUUCCACACCAUUGA